UGGCCCUCCCGGACGCCAUGUCGGUGCGCAUGCGCGAGCUCCCGCAGAGAGUGGCUCGGGCUGCGCGACCCCCACCCGGUUUGAGGCCGCCGGGCCAUCGCCGGACGUUGCCAAGGCCUCUCCGGCCACGUGGUGAGGAGGCCGCCCACCCGGCUAGACGCGCCGGCAGCCUCGCCGUCCGCUAGUUGGCUCCGCCAGACACGGGCCCCGACCGGGCGCCGACGGGGCACCGGGCGCGGCAGCCCGGCAGCAAUACCUGGAUAAAUGGGACUACAGCCUAACCAAGAUGACAUGAAAGAGUGACCUUUGCAGAAAGUGCCCUGUAAGGACCUCCCCGCAAUGAUGAAGGUUCUUCUACUGAAAGACGCUAAGGAGGACGACUGUGGCCAGGAUCCCUACGUCAGGGAAUUAGGAUUAUAUGGACUUGAAGCCACUUUGAUCCCUGUUUUAUCAUUUGAAUUUUUAUCUCUUCCCAGUUUCUCAGAGAAGCUGUCUCAUCCUGAAGGGUAUGGGGGACUCAUUUUUACCAGCCCCAGAGCAGUGGAAGCAGUGGAGCUGUGUUUGGAGAAAGACAAUAAAACUGAAGUCUGGAAAAAUUCUCUGAAGGAAAAAUGGAAUGCUAAGUCAGUGUAUGUGGUUGGAAAUGCUACCGCUUCUCGAGUGAAUAAAGUUGGCCUGGAUACAGAAGGAGAAAACUGUGGAAAUGCAGAAAAGCUUGCAGAAUAUAUUUGCUCCAGUGAUACAUGAGUUCUGGAAGGAGACAAGAGAACUGGGUCAGUCCACAUCAGGUCCAGAGCCACCAAGCUGAGUUCCUUGCACUGCCAACACAAGGCAGAAAGGAUCGGUGUCACUUCUGAGCAAUCUCACUGGUGUUUCAAUUAACUGACUCCAGGCGUGGAGGGUAGAUAUAAACAUAUUCUGCCCUUGGAGGAUUCGGAUCUGCCUUCUUUGCAAAGCCUUUGUUACUUCCUCUGAUUUAUUAUCAGCAGGUCUGUGGGUCCUAAUAAAUCUUGAGUUCACAAUUAGAAUACCCAAAUAAGAACCAUCUGACUGCUAAGGACAUUCACCUUGGUUUACAAAGGCAUUAAUGAUUUUCUCCCCAGCAAACUCUGCAGCUUGAGCAGACAGGCCAGUUCAUAGCUUUUGCUUAUUUAUUUUAUUUAAUAAACACUUGUUUACUAUGACAGGCACUACUGUAAGCACUUAAAGUGAUUAACUUAUUUAGUCUGAUAGCCCAUCAUUCCUGAUAGACAGUCCCAUCCCUCCCAGGGUAUCUCCCGUAAUGGAAAAAGUGCAGGUAACAUGGGCAGAGGUAGAAGGGGAUUUUAACAUCUUGAGAGAGAGAGAGAAGUCAGUUGAAGGCAGGCAGCUUGUCAUGCAGUUUAUUUGAAACGUCCUCCUGGACUUGGAGCUGAUGGACAAGCUUUGAAGACUUGCUUGGCUCUUCCAUCCCUCCCGUCAGCCCCAUUAUCCUAAUUACCUACAAGUAGGUGCCCAUUGCCUGCACACCCUGGGUUCUCACAGCAGUGCCGAGGGGGAGAAACCACCACAGACGCAGAGUUGUUAGAGUUCCGUGCAAGUGCGCAUCUCCUCCAGCGACAUGACAUUUAACAGUCAGUCUCGUCAUCUUAAAUGACCUACAGUGACUAUUUAUGGAGCCCCCACCCCAGCCACAUAACCAGCAGUCCAGGCCUCCUUCCUGUUAAAGGGAUGGACAGCGGGGCCUUUGAUUCACCACUGUGUGUUGGGGCAGACGCUUGCCAGGCACUGCAUCUCUGUCUGUUGUCCCGGGGAGACCUCUCUCACCUCUGCAAAAUCCACCAGCUUCAACACUGACCUAUUUAGCAUUGGCCUAUUUGGGUUAAAAAUCUGCAGGCAGUAAGUUUAUCCCAAGAGGAAGGGUUAUUUGCCUCUGAGUUCGUGAAGAGGGUUAGUGCCCGAGAAACCAGCUGCAGAUCUCCCCUCAGACCUGAAAGAGGAUUCACCCAGCACAUUUCCAGGUUUUCCUUCUUGUGCUGGUUGGGCAGCACUCAUCCAUGCAGUCUUCCCUGCUGCCAGGGCUGCCGGCCUGGCUGUCCACUGGGCACUGUGGUGCAGUGAGCCAGGAUGCACGCACAUACUCCCAUCUCCUAGCAGGGGCCAGCAGUCAGAGAACCAGGGUGAGCAGCUCGGUACUCUGCUGGGCCUUCAGAAGAGAUGCUGCAGAGGGCAGAUUCUCGAAUCUUCUGAAAGCCCCCUGCACACCCCUGGGUUUGGGCCCCUGGUUUUCUGCUGGAUUCGUACAGCUGCCCCAGAGCAGGUAGCUGGGAAGGUCUGUGGGAGCAGCUUUGGCCCCUAGAAUCCUGCGCACUCCACCACCCAACACACACAGAUGCAGAGACACCAGAGGGACGCCUGGGCUGUGGUUACCGAACAUGGCUUUGCAGUUUGUCUCUAGGGAUGGUCUUCACACAUAUGAAAACAUUUCCUCACACCAGAAAUGAGAAAUCAGCAGCCAUCUAUUAUCUAUAUUUCAAUUUUCCCAAUUCCUUGUGUUCUUUUAUGUUAGUACUAAUUUUACAGAGCAAUUUAAAUAAAACACCAAUAUGUAAUUAUUUAUUAACAAAUAAAGAAGGCUAUAGUUACUCCUGUUCACUGGGCCUUCAUGGACCUGGUGCCGCAUGGGAAGAGCUUGGUUUGGUCCUUCCUCUGACUGCAAUCAUCAAAAGGAGAUGUGUUCAGAGAUCUUAUGGAUGUAGAAAAAUACCUUGGAGCACCCAUUAAAACUUCUAACAAAUAAUGGACAGACAGAUGCAAGGGAAAAUGGUUAUUUCUGCAAAAAUGCUUUGUUUUCACAUUUGGGGAGAAUUCUGGCAUCUGACAAUCCGUCUGACAUGGAUUCUGCCAUCAGUUUUGUUGGGUGGCAUCUUCACAGUUCUGCACAGUACUUAGAGCUAAAAUGCCCUCAGGUCAUCC